UGUGCUCUGUUUGGGGGCGGCGUCCGUGCGUCUCCUUGGCAACGGCAGCAUGGAGGACGCGGCGGACACCAGGCGGAGGAUCAGCAUCAUCGUCGCGCAGACCUACCAGGAGCGUCGGCGGCAUGUGGUCUUCAGCGCCGCGACACCGAAGGACAGCGUCGUGACCUUCCCCUCGCACGUUGACCACAGCUUCCAACACCUGCGGCGCCUCCACCAUAAGGGCGUGCAGGCGGUGGUGGAGGUGGUGGAGGGCGCCUGCCAGACCGAGGUGCGGGUGCCGUGGAGUCGCUGGGUGGAGACGACGCCCCCCACUCUCCCCUCACAAGACGAAGAAGCCCCCCAGGUGACCAUCUCCCCUGAGGUAUUGGCGAGGGUGGAGGCAGCCGUGCAGGAGACAGCCGCCGUUGAUGUGCUGAGCGACGACUGGGGUCAGCUUGGGUUGGUGGACCGCUCGGCCGCUCUCCUCCUGAAGCCGUUUAACCUCCCCGGGAAAGGCAGCGCUCCCUCCCGCCUCGCCGCCGCCGCCCGUAAGCCGCCUCCUACUCCUCCUCCUCCUUCUGCCCACACGACUGCUCUUGAUGGCAUUGCUUGUGGUGGUGUUGUUGUGUACCUUUGUUCUUGCGGUUAUGGUGGUGGUGGUAGUGGUGGUAGUGAUGUCCUUUUUCCUCCUCCUCCUCCUCCUCCUCCUCUUGCUCCUUCUACUCUUCCUCCUCCUCCUCAUUUUCAUCAUCGUUAUCACAUUCCUAGCCGUAACCGAACACACACACACACACACACACACACCUCUUUUUACGACCAUUACAAGCUGGGGUGUAAUUCAUUUGCAUCUCACUUGAAAAUCGUCACUACCCCCCAACCCCCCCCCCACACACUCCUUUCUCCCCCUCCCCCCUACACACACACUCCCUUCUCCCCCUCCCCCUCCCACACACACACCACCAUCACUUCAUCCGCCCCGAACGCUCUCUCUCUUUUUAUCUCACUCCCCGUCGGUUGUUUUAAAUUUAUACACUCGCAACGCUAAUUAGUCGGCGCCGGAUACCUGGAUGCUCGCUAAUUAAAUCACCUUGGGGGAUGAAAAGACACUGCACGAGUUUACCGCAUGACUUUCUCUCUCUGUGGCGCGGUGUGAAGGUGUGAUGUGAUGGUGGUGGUGGUGAAUGCUGUGCUCUGUUAGGUCAUGCUUGCUGUGUUCUGUAGGUGCUCACGCGUGUAGUUAGUUGGCUCCGCACACAUACCUGCACGUUAAUUAGUUCGCCUUGAUGAAUAAAAAUAUAAAAAGAGUGAAAGUAAUUUGCUGUCUGACCUUCUCUCUCUCUUGGGUGUGGGUUCGCUGUGAUGGUGCUGGGUCCUGCUUAGCUGCGAAGAAAAGAUAUAGUUUGCAGUGUGUCUUUAAAUGGUCGGUAUUUUUAGACGUUUCCGGCUCUCACAUCAAUUAUUUCUAAAGCCCUAAGGUAGCGGCAGGUGGUGUGUUGCAAGGCGCUGUGGUGUGUCGUUAUGUUGGCAAAAAGUGCUGUGUGACUCUCUUGGGCACCGAAAUGUUUAAAGGGCACCAAAAUGUUUAAAUUUUCCCUGCGUCGGUGUGUGGGUAUAAUGUUCUAGCGCUGUUCUGCGAGGCGCUGUGGCGUGUCGUGCUGUGCCGGCGUCACGCACCUGAACAGCACUGCUUUAAGAGGUAAAGUGGCCUGUUCCUUCAUUGUGGCGCUUAUUGCGUCAGGCGGAAGGUGAUAUUACGUUUGUUUCAGGGUCCGCUUGUCCGGUGGCCUCAGCGUUGCCAUGGCGUGUGUGUGUGUGUGUGUGUGUGUGUGUGUGUGUGUGUGUGUGUGUGUGUCCAAUAGCCUUAGCGUUGCCAUGGUGUGUGUGUGUGUGUGUGUGUGUGUGUGUGUGUACCCUAUCGGUCAUUAUACAGUCUUACACAAUAGUUCUGCUCUUGUGCUGUCUAGCUUUGUGAUAGUAAUGUAAACAGUAAUGAUAUAAAUAGUAAUGAUGAUAAUAAUAGUAAUAAUAAUGAUAACAAUAAUGAUAGUCGUAGUAUUGCAUCUUCUUGUUCGAGUUCUUGUUCUUGUUAUUUUUUGUUCUUGUUCUUGUUUUAACUCUUCUUCUCACAAAACAACAACAAAGGCAACAACAUCUACUACUUCUACUACUACUACUACUACUACUACUACUACUACUACUACUACUACUACUACUGUUGUUCUAUUGCUAAUGCUAGGUCAUCUUGUUAACUGCAACUCUAAUUGGUUUCCUCUUCGACCUGUAAUUUAGACCUUUCUCCUUUAACUGUCUGGCAAGCAUUUUUCUCUUCGCUAACAAUGCCACAGCGUAAAACAUAUCACGCUAAUUGCCUUCCGUCUCCAGUUAUACAGCGCGGGACAUGGCAGUCGUUUAACAAUGAUAUCUACGGUCAUCUUAAUACAAUGGCCCUCGAUCCGUUUAGACAAAGGGUACAGCAACUCCCUAAUGCAUCUUCAUCCCUUAGUCUUCCUCGCUGUUUUAAGUAAAAGACAAAGAAAUUCAUUUACCUCACAUGCAGGGACUCCGUGACCUCACCUGAGCUUCUCCGGGGCUGUCUUGUUUACGUAUGAUUAAAAGUUUAACGAAGGAUAGCAUAUUAGACCUGAGGACGGGCUCGGUAUUGUCUGCCUCCGUUUGACUCCACCGGUUAUGAGACGCCGCUGAGAUGUGUGUGACUAACUAUACCGUACGUGUCUCCCUGCCUUCUCUCAUCUCGACCAAGGACGUAAAACAGGGAGAGUAGCCACGAUCCAUGUCCCCUUUCAUCUUAGCUAUAGCCACCGUACUCUAAAGUGAUCAAGAGGCUACGUCCCCUCUUCUACGGCUGAAGGAGGUGACUGGUUGGAUGGAAGGAGGUUAACUUGGUAGCUGCAGGGAUCAUGUUUCUUAAAGGCCCCUCUAAGCGAGAAAAAUGAGAAAAAAUCAUCACUCACGCAAACCAUUUCAUAAUAUAUAUCAACGCAUUUGUGAUCAGUUUAUGCAUCAUCUAUUUUGGGGGGUUUAUAUCAUGGCAAAAAUGUGGCCCGUCGCUGGUACACGGUAAAGCCACAAAUUUGGCCCGUCGCUACUACCGGGUUAAGUUAGUUGUCAGUAUUAUCUUGGAGCGAGAGUAAGGAAGGGAUGGAGCUUCUGAAUCAACUUAUUGUACGGCGAGUUGAAAGACGUACAGUAAGAGGAAGUAGUUUAGGCCCAUAUUAUCAAACUCAUCGAAACCUUAGUCCAUCUAUAUAAAAAGGCUCUCGCAGAAGUUUCAGAGGUGUCCAUGGGUAGUUUCUUGACCCCUGGCGGUAGUUUUGAAAGGCUUCUGCGCCAUGAACGGGAAUAAG